AUGCAGGGACGAAGAGUAAGAGAAAAAAAAAGAGGGCGCAAGAGAGACGCUUGGUGUCGCGUAGAGACGGAGGUAUUGCCUCACGCCGGUGCAUGGCUAAGUCAAGCGAAGCAUCGACAGACGGACACAUGUCUUGAGUCGAGCAUCAUGCCUGAUGACGUACCGCAAGGGUUGAAGGUUCGUGAUGGGGUCAAGCAUGCGUGGAAAGCAAAGCAAUGUGGAUGCAAUCUGAUGAGAAACGUUGCGUGUCCUGUCGAAGCUUUGCCCUGCUUUGUUGGGAUAGGGAUAGGGCUGAUAACUGUCCAGCAAGAGUUGACAAUGUCUAGGAGCAUCCAUGAAGACCUCGUCAAGUUCAAAGAAGGGAACAUGAGGCGCAAGCGGGUGCGAUGGAAUUAG